GGAGCCACGAAGAAGACGAAGCUAGCACUUCCGGUUCUGUAACGAAGAUGGCGACAGUGAGAUGCAAAGAGUAAAUAAAUGAAAACACUUUUCUCUCAUUGCGUCAGAAAUCACCUUUUUUUAAAUUCAGGCUCUGCGUCAAGAUGAUGAACCGCACGGCGUAUUUCUACGACCCAGACGUGGGGAACUUUCACUACGGGGCCGGACACCCGAUGAAGCCUCACCGGCUGUCUCUCACUCACAGCCUGGUGCUGCACUACGGCCUCUACAAGAAGAUGAUGGUCUUCAAGCCGUACAAGGCGUCUCAGCACGACAUGUGCCGCUUCCACUCGGAGGACUACAUCGACUUCCUGCAGAAGGUCAGUCCCAACAACAUGCAGGGCUUCACCAAGAGCCUCAACGCCUUCAACGUAGGAGACGACUGUCCUGUGUUUCCUGGUCUGUUCGAGUUUUGUUCGAGAUACACCGGUGCUUCUUUGCAAGGAGCGACUCAGUUAAACCACAAGAUAUGUGACAUCGCCAUAAACUGGGCCGGAGGUUUACAUCAUGCAAAAAAGUUUGAGGCGUCUGGAUUUUGCUACGUUAAUGAUAUUGUCAUCAGUAUUCUUGAACUUUUAAAGUAUCACCCGCGCGUGCUCUACAUCGACAUCGACAUUCAUCACGGGGAUGGUGUUCAGGAAGCGUUUUAUCUCACAGACAGAGUCAUGACCGUAUCCUUCCACAAAUACGGGAACUACUUUUUCCCAGGAACCGGUGAUAUGUAUGAGGUGGGCGCUGAGAGCGGGAGAUACUACUGUCUGAAUGUGCCGCUGCGAGACGGUAUAGACGACCAGAGUUACAGACAACUGUUUCAGCCGGUCAUCAAACAGGUAGUGGACUUCUACCAGCCUACAUGUAUAGUCCUACAGUGUGGAGCUGAUUCUCUGGGCUGUGAUCGUUUAGGAUGCUUCAAUCUCAGCAUACGAGGUCACGGAGAUUGUGUGGAGUUUGUGAAGAGCUUCAAGAUCCCGCUGCUUGUUCUGGGUGGAGGAGGAUACACGGUCCGAAACGUGGCCAGAUGCUGGACAUAUGAAACGUCUUUGCUAGUCGAGGAGUCGAUCAGUGAUGAGCUGCCGUAUAGUGAAUACUUUGAAUAUUUUGCUCCAGACUUCACACUUCACCCAGACGUCAGCACAAGGAUAGAAAACCAGAAUUCCAGACAAUAUUUGGAGCAGAUUCGUCAGACGGUGUUUGAGAACUUGAAGAUGUUGAAUCACGCACCGAGCGUUCAGAUCCACGAUGUUCCCUCGGAUCUGCUGAGCUACGAGCGUCCGGACGAGGCUGACCCUGAUGAGCGCGGCUCAGAGGACAACUUCUCCAGGCCUGAAGCGGCGAACGAGUUUUACGAUGGUGACCACGAUAAUGAUAAAGAAAGUGAUGUGGAGAUCUGAAGAUCACCUGUGGUCUGCUCCUUGCCAUAUCUCUAGUACUUAUAACAGCGUUCCGUCGAGUGGAUGAAGCUUCUCUUUCUUCACAUGCACUGUAUCUGUGUAGUUUUACAUGUGGACCUUUUUAUUGUCAUGACAGUGUUUUCUGUUCAUCUAAGCCCAGCGGUGUUCUGAGGAGCCUCAGAGAUCUUCUCAUGUUUUAAUGUCCAACAUCCAAGUGGUUAUGAUAACAGAAUAUUUUUCUUGACCUUUUCAUAAUUUGUUUAUAAAAUGUUUCUGUAAUAAAUCUUUUGGAAAAGA